AUGCAGGGACCCGAUGUGUCCACCAGUGUUGAGCACUUCCGGCUGGUUUUGGUAAUCGCAAGCGCAACUAUUGUAGUCUACGACUAUCUUCUGACAGUGGGACUGGAGAUCCAUCACCUGUGGCCAAAGCAGGGCUGGAAUCUGAUCCGCAUGAUGUUCUUCGUCAAUCGGUACCUCCCAUUCAUCGACAUUACCUGGGCACUAUGGGCGGAGUUUGUGCCCUCGAUGACCGCCCAAGAUUGCACUCUCAUAGAUCGGCUUGCGGGCUGGUCCUUCUGCUUCAGCAUUGCUCUGUCCGAAGUCAUCCUCACAAUGCGAACUUGGUCGCUUUGGAAGACCAGUCGCUGGUCUGGCACCGCGCUAGUCGUGUUCUACUUGAGCUGCUGGACCCCAAUUGUCGUGAUUUUUGGAACAUUCUUAAUGAAGGCUAAUAUACGCAGCUUUCAGCUCCAACCAUAUGGAGGUUGCAUGAUCAUCCCUGAAAAUAUCAACCUUUAUCUAUGCUGGAUCUUGGUUCUGGUGUACGAUACCGGCAUAAUGAUAUUAAUGGUCUUAGCCGUUACGAAGCCGUAUACACCAAUGCUCCCGAAAUCUGGGCGCUCUUCUACGCUACUGCGUACUCUAUACAGAGAUGGCAUAACAUAUUAUUUCGCAUUGUUUGUUUUAUCUGUCAUGAAUAUCGCCACUAUCGUGGUACUCCCUGGAGAUCUUGUCAACCUUUUUACAGUACUUCAAAGAGCUAUCCACUCCACUCUCACCUCCAGAGUGAUCCUCCAUCUACGCGAGCAAGCGGAGCAUAACAUGUUGUUCGAUCCGCUGGCUGUCAAAUAA